CUGGGUUUCUGACAUGGUACAUCAGAGCCAAAGGUCUUGGGUUCAACUCCCGGUGCCAGCGCUGCAGAGGCGCUCGUGUCUUCCACCUAUCCCAGCGGGGGGGGGGGUGUUGAGUGACCCGCUGGGGUUGCCCUUGAGAUCCUCGGGGAAAGGGCCACAGGUGCAGAGCCUGGGGGGCUAUGGGCGCACUUACCCGCUAUUCAACAAGCCCUUUUAACCCAGUGGUUAGUGGCUGGGUUUCUGAC